ACUGUUUCUUCAACAUUCAAUUCAAUUCAUUUCAAGAUCUCAAUCACAUGACCCAAAGACUCUCUUUAGUUACAGUGAAACCAAACCAAACCCUACGCUCCUCUCCCUCCGUCAUUUCAAUGCGGCUUUUGUUGGCGCUGUAGAAGAAGAAGAAGAAGAAAAUGCUCAGUUUCUGCAGAACCACCUUCCUCAUUGUGUCCUUUCUCUCCCUUUUGGCCCGUUGCCAUUGCCAUGGACAUGUCUACACCUUCACCAUGCACCAUCGCUACUCCGAGCCCGUCAGGAAGUGGUCCCACGCCACCGCCGGAAUCCCCUCGCCGCCGGAGAAAGGCAGCGUCGAGUACUACGCCGAGUUGGCCGACCGCGAUCGCUUCCUCCGCGGCCGGAAGCUCUCCCAAAUCGACGCCGGACUCGCUUUCUCCGAUGGCAACUCCACCUUCCGCAUCAGCUCCCUUGGAUUUUCAACUAGGGACACCGGGAGUGAAGUUCAUGGUGGCGCUUGAUACGGGAAGCGACCUCUUCUGGGUACCCUGUGAUUGCACCAGAUGCGCUGCUACUGAUGGCUCAGCAUUUGCUUCAGCCUUGGCUUCGGAUUUUGACCUUAAUAUAUACAAUCCUAAUGGAUCUUCAACGAGUAAGAAGGUCACUUGUAACAACAGCAUGUGCACUCACCGCAACCAAUGCCUCGGGACAUUCAGCAACUGCCCCUAUAUGGUCUCUUAUGUCUCUGCCGAAACAUCUACAUCAGGAAUUCUAGUGGAAGAUGUUCUGCACUUAACAAAAGAAGAUAGUCACCAUGACCUUGUUGAGGCAAAUGUCAUAUUUGGCUGUGGACAAGUUCAGAGUGGAUCAUUCUUAGAUGUUGCUGCUCCCAACGGUUUGUUUGGGCUAGGUAUGGAGAAAAUAUCAGUUCCUAGCAUGUUAUCAAGGGAAGGAUUUACAGCAGAUUCAUUCUCCAUGUGUUUUGGACGGGAUGGCAUUGGAAGGAUAAGUUUUGGGGACAAGGGAAGUUUUGAUCAAGAUGAGACUCCAUUUAAUCUGAACCCAUCACAUCCUACCUAUAAUGUCACAGUCACCCAAGUCCGUGUAGGCACUACUCUAAUCGAUGUGGAAUUCGCUGCUCUUUUUGAUUCUGGGACCUCUUUUACAUAUUUGAUUGAUCCUACCUAUACAAGGCUUUCUGAGAGUUUUCAUUCCCAAGUACAAGAUAGGCGACGUCCAUCUGAUUCAAGAAUCCCUUUCGAAUAUUGUUAUGAUAUGAGUCCUGAUGCAAAUACUAGUCUGAUUCCAAGUAUGAGUUUAACUAUGGGAGGUGGAAGUCAUUUUAUUGUUUAUGAUCCGAUAAUUAUUAUCUCUACUCAGAGCGAACUUGUAUAUUGUCUAGCAGUUGUCAAGAGUGCUGAGCUGAACAUAAUUGGACAAAACUUCAUGACUGGUUACCGUGUUGUAUUUGACCGUGAAAAGCUCAUAUUGGGAUGGAAAAAAUUUGAUUGUUAUGACAUUGAGGACCAUAAAGCUAUCCCAAAAAGACCACACUCAGAUAAUGUGCCUCCAGCUGUCGCUGCUGGGCUUGGUAAUAACCCUUCCACUGAUUCAACAAGAAAGUCCAAAUACAAGUCUCAAAGUUCUAAUGCAUCACCAUCAUCGCAUUAUACCCACAAUUCACUUCCAACUUGCUUAGAAUUUCUUGUAUUUUGUUUUGUUUACAUAUUCUAUAAUCAUUCAUUUGUAAUGGGCUUGUAGUAGUUUAUGGUAAACCUUAGCUCAUAUUCUUGAUCUACAUGUUGAUAGUUACAAUACAUUUCCUUUUGCUCUGUUCUAUGUAGUAUAGUAGUGAAGAAGAAUAUAUGUUUGAUUUUUACUCUCAUGAUAUAACACACUGUAAAUGUCAG